GGUGGGGCAGGAUCGUGAUAUAUGUUCCAACUUCUGUAAAUUUCACAAGUUGCUAAAGCAGCCUGCGUGCGGGUCAGGAGGCAGAGCGAGCAGCUCAGCGCUGAGGGACUGGGGGCAAGAUGAAUGACUAGUUUCAUCAACUGCUGAGGACUUUGAGAUUGGAAGUCUAGGGCAGGCCCUGAAUGAUUGUUCAGCCACUGGUCCAAUUCUAAGGAGCAGGGUGGAGUGAUGGAGCGCUCAUCAGCGAACAUCAGCCACUGUCUGGCCUCUGUGAGGACCAACGAUCUGAACAUAAUCCUGCUGCACUACAACUACACGGGGAAGCUGGAACACCGUCCCUCGCCCAGCGACGGAGCCAAUUGGAGCACCGUGGUCCUGAUGUUCAUCAGCUGCUUCAUUGUCCUGGAGAACCUGCUGGUGUUCCUGGCCAUCCUCAACAACACCCACUUCCGCCGUUGGGUUUACUACUGCAUCGCCAACAUCACCCUGAGUGACCUGCUGGCAGGAAUGGCCUACAUGGUCAACCUGUGCCUCUCGGGAAAUGUCACCUUCAGCCUGAGCAGCAGGAUGUGGCUUCUCAGGGAGGGAGUCCUGUUCAUCGCUCUGGCCGCCUCCACCUUUAGCCUGCUCAUCAUGGCAGUGGAGCGUUACACCACCAUGGUGAGGCCGGUGCCCUUGGCCUCGUCCUACAAGACGUACCGUGUGUACGUGCUGAUCGUGCUGUGCUGGGUGAUGGCUUUCUGCAUCGGGCUGCUGCCGCUCUUUGGUUGGAACUGCAUUUGCAAUUUCCAGGACUGUUCCACCCUCCUGCCCCUGUACUCCAAGAGCUACAUCCUCUUCUGCAUGAUCAUGUUCAGCCUGAUGAUCAUGGGCAUCGUGGCUCUCUACUCCAGCAUCUACCACCUGGUCAAGACCAGCGCUAAGUCGGUAGCCUGCUCCAAGAGCAGGAAGAAGUCCUUCCGGUUGCUCAAGAUCGUGUGUAUGAUCGUCGGGGCUUUUGUGGUGUGCUGGAGCCCGCUCUUCACGAUGCUCCUCCUCGAUGUCUUCUGCGUGGGCUCGACAUGCAACCUCCUGCUCAAAAUGGAGUGGACCAUAGCCCUGGCCGUCCUGAAUUCAGCCAUCAACCCUAUUAUCGCCUCCUUCGGUAGCAAGGAUAUCGAGAAAGCCAUCCUUAACCUGCUGUGCUGUUGCUGUGAGCGGACCAUGGGGCCUCUCAACUUCUUGAAGAGGUCCGAAUCUAGCUUGGGACCAUCCACCGAGAGUUCCUACAGACUGCGGGAUAGCUUCCGCAACUCCAAGCUCCUGAGCCCCAAGAAAACUCUCCCGAAGCCCAUGGAAUCUAAACCAGAGAACAGUGAGAAAGCAAUCCAUUUACUCGAGCUGACAAUUUGAUAACGCAAGGUAUAUCCUGCCAAAAACUUGCCAACAAAGUCUUUUAGGGAUUAAUUGGCCACAAGAUGGCCCAAUGGCCUACCUCUGCCUGAAGCUGAAACAAUCAGAGGGCUCGAGCCCAGAAACGUGCCAUCUGCCCGCCAAGCUCCGCUGUUGCAUAUGAACCAUCUACAAUAAACCUCACGCAAGUCGUAACAAUUAGGUGGGAUCAUACAUUUAUUAUGAUUAUGCAAAGUAUGUAUUAUGUGAAAUUCAUAAUAGGAAAUUCAACAGGACUUGGACAGAUGUAUGACUUGAACAAUUAUACAAUUUAUUACAGAUCAGACUUAUGCGAGUUUUACUGUAAUCCCGCUCGCUCGCUCCAUGCGGCCUUAAAUAUUCCACUUUAAGAUGCUGGAGGUAGAGAGAGAUAUUUUCUGCGAUUUCAAGAGCAAGACAGACUGGUACUUAUUAAAAUUUGCCGAGCUUUUGUAUGAAUAUUCUCAGUUAUUAAUGAUCAAUUUUCUUUUUUUAAAAAAAUUGUUUUUUUUUAAAAUGCCAAUUCAAAUUCAGGUUCCUGGCAAAUCACUGGAUGGAUCACAGGGGAAUGAAUGUUCAUUGUGAAGGCAUUCGUUCGACAGAUGCAAUGAGGGCUGUGGCUCUUUAACAAGUCAACUGCGGCCACUUCCCUCCCAUUAUAACCAGGAACAAAUUCCAGAGCUCAAGACCCAAACUGUCAUAUAAAGAACCCAAAAUGACCCUUACAAAUUGGUCAUCGACUCCCAUGGCCGUUUGUUUGUGGGACAUUGCUCUGUGCCAUUGGCUGCCGCGUUUAACCCACAAAAUACACAGUCAAGUCCACCUUACAGUAUAUCCUCUGAAGCGCUUUGCGAUUCCUCGACAAUGCGACAAGACUCUAUAUUAAAUGUAAGGAUCAAAUGCAAGGAUGAAUUGAGCUCGAGGAGAAAACAGCUACCAAGUCAUCGUUUUUUUAUGAUUGUCACAGCAAUGUAUCAAAGUGUAAUAUUUAUCAGUGAUAGAAUUGCCAUUUAAACAUGAAGCAAAUGAAUACGUACUAAUACUGUAGUUGUAAAGAUGUCCUGGAUGAAUGGAAUUUGCUUGAAAUGUUGGGUUAAUAUCCCCAUAUUUUAAGUGCAAUUGAUUGUAUUAAAGCCUCAUUCUUGUGUAUAAUCUCCUUCAGUCUGUGUGAAAUGUCUUUAACAUUUAAACUGUGCGAAAAGCACACCUCUGAUUUUAAUUCAAUUCCAUUUAUUAAACUUUGCACCAUCCACA